GAUUAGAAUCGUCCUAUCAGUGACUCUAAGCACAAUAUCCUGUAGAGUCACGUAAAUAUAGCUCUAACUUCCAAUAAUACCAAAGAAAACCUGUCUGUAUGUUUAUUUUCGUGUACGGUAACUCAUGUGCGUGAGACUACUAACUCUACAACCACGGAAAUUUCACAAUAACACAAGAAAAAAUUGUGUAUGUGCGUUUAGUUUCGUGUACGUAAGCCGUGUGUGCGCGUGUGUGUCUAUGUGCGGCUUCUCGUGGCUUUGAGCGAGGCUUAAAGAUGACGAGUGAGGUCUAUGCUGGAGGUGGCGAGGGAAGAGGCGACUCAGAGUAUGUUGAGGUUUCUACAACAACACAAGAGAAAACUCGGGUGGGCCAUCUUGGCAGGGCUGGCAGUGAUGCUCCUGGGGGUGGUGUCGCCCUCCCACACCACCAUAUCCUGCUCGGACCCACUCAUACACAGAGAGAUAAGGAAGGAGACUGUUCCCAUUAGUCUCCUCUUCACCCUCUCCUUCAUUGUCCCUUUCUUUAAGAUGCUGAUAGUGGAGUGGGUGGUGCCGCCAGCCAGUUCUCCAACGCCCAGCAAGACCCCCCUCCGCGCCGGGCUGAGGAGGGCCAGGCGGUAUCUAGGGGACCUCUUCGUGGGCGGCCUGUUCAUGUACUUCACUACCGACCUUAUCAAGACUGUGGUGGGCGAGGCAAGGCCAAACUUCUGGGCCUUGUGUCAACCUAACCUGACGGAACAUCAGUGCGGCCAGAUGUACACCAAAGUCACCUGGGAGGACUGCACCAACCCUUACAACCUGAGGCACUGGAGGCUGGCAGAGACCAUGAAAUCCUUCCCUUCAGGGCAUGCGUCCAUCUCUGUAUUCUCCUCUAUCUUCAUAAUGGCGUACACUCACAAGAGGCUGUGGCGCACUGUUCCCUGCCUGGUGAGCCCGUGGUUACAGCUGCUGUGGGUGGUGUGGACGAUCGUGUGCUGCCAGUCACGUGUGUGGGACAACAAACACUUCUGGUGGGACGUGAUGGCUGGUGCUGUCAUUGGCGCUCUUUUCGCUUUUCUAACGCUCCAUUACCUUAGCAACUGGUUCGAGAGGGAAGAGGAGGAGGAGGAGGGAGACACAGCACUCAUGUCCCGGAGGAAGGACGCCACCUCUCCAUCUCCUUCCCCCUCCUCCUCCUCAUACAUUCAGGAGGAGGAGGAGGAGGAGGGGGACAACCUCUCUCGAUUCUCCGGAACCUCCAUCAAGAGACUAAUUGGAGGAGUAGGAGGAGGAGUAGGAGGAGGAGCAGGAGGAGCAGGAGGAGGAAGAGGAGGAGGAGUGAUUGAGAAGGAGUUGUGUGAUGUUAGAAGUGCAUCCUAGAGAGAGAGAGAGAGAGAGAGAGAGAGAGAGAGAGAGAGAGAGAGAGAGAGAGAGAGAGAGAGAGAGAGAGAGAGAGAGAGAGAGAGUAUUUUCAGUGUUAAAGGAAAUAUUUUUUGUGAAAGAAAUUAAUGAAGGAAUGAAUGAGAGUAUUAAAAAAAAAAACGUGAUAUAUUAAUGAAUGACAAAAAGACAAGAAAGACAGACAGACAGACAGACAGAUAGAUAGAUAGAUAGAUAGAUAGAUAGAUAGAUAGAUAAAUGCAUAGAUAGACAGACAGACAGACACACACAAGGAUAGUCAAAUUUGUGCCUUACUAUUACUACUACUAUUACUACUACUACUUAAUUACACUUAGAUUACUUAACAAAAAUAGCAAUAGUCAUUAUUAUUAUUAUUAUUAUUAUUAUUAUUAUUAUUAUUAUUAUUAUUAUUAAUAUUGUGAAAGUAAUAAUAAUAAUAAUAAUAAUAAUAAUAAUAAUAAUAAUAAUAAUAAUAAUAUACAUUCUGUCAAAUUAAUAAUUAUAUAUUUUAUUAUUACAAUUAUAUAUUAUUUUAUCUAACUAGUCUUUUUACUUUUACUUGGUGUGUGUGUGUGUGUGUGUGUGUGUGUGUGUGUGUUGUGUAUAUUUUGUGUACAAUAAUGUAUAGUCUUUUGUGAUGUGAUGAGAUGGAAGAAGAGGAGGAGGAGGAGGAGGAGGAGGAGGAGGGUAAUGAAAAGGGUUAAACAGCAGAAGAAGACAAUGAAGAGGAAGAAAAAACAAGAGGAAGAAUAGGAGGAGGGAAGAAGAGAAGGAGGAAGAGGAAGAGGAGCAGAGAAAGGCAUUAAAAGAUAGAAAAAUAAAUAAAAGAGGAGGAGGAGAAGGAGGAUGAAAAGGACAAUAAGAGAGAGAACAAGAAAAUAAAUAAAAUAAAAUAAAACAACACAUUAUCAUUACAAUCCCUAUUAUUAUUAUUAUUAUUAUUAUUAUUAUUAUCAUCAUCAUCAUCAUUCACUCACUAUCACCACCAUUAUCAAUAUUUCCUUCGUCGUAUUUUUUUAGCCUUGCUCUCACUGUCUUUAUCAUCAUCAUCACUAUCAUUAUCAUUAUCCUCAUUAUUAUUGUAUGUCACUAUUAAUAAAAUGCUAAUAGUAAUAAUAAUAA